AUGAUUGGGUACUGGAGGGAUGAUAUUAAGACCCGGGAGGUCAUUGAUGAAUGUGGUUGGUAUAGAACAGGCCAAGGUUAUAUGAAAAUCAUUGGCAGAAUAAAGGAUAUCAUUGUGAGGGCGGGUGAAAAUAUAUACCCCCAGGAGGUGGAGGAUGUUUUGGACAAAAAUCCAGCCAUUUUAAAAGCUUAUAUAUGCGGAGUUCCUGACGAUAGGAUGGGCGAGGAGGUGUGCGCGUGGAUUAAGCUCAACGAUAACCCGGGUGAUAAACUUAAUGAUCAGGAGGUGAAACAGUAUUGCAAACAACGGAUGGCAAAAUACAAAGUGCCCAGGUACAUCAUGUUCGUGGGGCAGUUCCCGUGCACUCCGGCCGGUAAAGUGAAAAAGUAUUCGAUGCGCGAACAGUCGUGCCUUAUGUUGGGUCUCACGGAUGUCAACAACAAUUUGGAGCACUUUGUAGUUAAUACUUAUAAUAAAAGCAGGGAGCCGCGUGACUUUUAUGGCAAACGGGUAUUGGUAGUAGGGGUGGGCAGUUCUGGCACUGAUAUUGCCGUCGAGGUGUCAAAUGUGUGCAAUAUUGUGAAAAACCUAUUUAGUAUUUGCUAUACUUUGGUCAAUAAGGUAUACCUGUCCAGUCGCAGUGGGUGUUGGCUUUAUAAAAGGGUAGGCCCUUAUGGACUACCACUUGAUAUAUUCGGAUUCCGGCGUUAUCUGGCCUGGAUGUUUGACGGGCCCGCAUAUCCACUAUUGUGUUGGGCGAGCCAACUGUACCUGAACCCUAUAUUUAACCCUAAAUUAUACGGACUUCAGUCGACACAUAAAGUCUUCUCACAUAAUAACACAGCGGUUAACGACGAUCUGCCCAAACGGAUCAUUACGGGCGCCGUUAGGGUUAAGCCGGACGUACAGGAGUUUACGGAAAAUGGGGUCAUUUUUAGUGGUGAAUCUCGUGAGUACGAGUGCGAUGUCGUGGUAUUUGGCACCGGGUACGAAUUGUCGUACCCAUUUUUAUCUCAAGACAUACUUCCCAUAAAUAACCCGGACUUUCGUCUAUACAAACAUAUGUUUAGUCCGAACGGUAAACACUCGCAUACAUUGGCCCUCAUAGGCAUCGUAUCAUCGGUGGGACCCUAUCUACCGGUGUUUGAGCUCCAGUGCCGCUAUUUUGCCCAAUUGAUGACCAAUAAGAUACGGUUGCCAUCGGAUAAGGAAAUGUCGAAAGAAAUUAAUUGUCGAAAAGAGUGGGUUAAAAAAUAUUAUCCAGGUUAUGAAAAGUAUGGUCGACAGGUACGGCAUGUACAGUAUAUGGAUGAGUUGGCUGUGUGUGUGGGCUGUAAACCAAAACUAAUGAAGUAUUUGUUCACUGAUCCCAAACUCUGGUGGCACCUGUUCUUUGGACCCUGCGUUCCCUAUCAUUACAGGUUAAAUGGUCCUAAUUGUUGGCCCGAAGCCAGAGAAACUAUACUUACGGUCAUGGACAGAAUUAAAGCACCUUUUAAAAAUGCUUGA